AUGGUCGCUUCUACAAAAAUUAACCGGUCUCAUACGCCGAGAAAAUCAACGGCAAGCUCUGGCUUCGCUAAGAAGCCUGCCGCGAAGCCAAACACCAGUAUCCUUAACUUCUUCCAGAAAACUGCAAAGCCUGAAGAUUCACUAUUCGUUGGUGCGGUACCUGCGGAAUCAGCUGAGAAGGAGGAUCUAUAUGGACGUGACGAUGAAACCCGAUACAACGAAGUUGAAGCUCCAAGUAAAAAGAGGAGGAUUAGCGAAAAUGCUUCCAUCGAAUCAGCAACAAAGAAGGAAACGGCAGAUACAUUAGACAAACCAUCCACCAUCAAUAACACGAUGUCACCUAUAAAGCCUGAAAAUGGAAACGAGUCCAAGAAGCCUAGACCUCGGAUUAAGACCCCGUUCUAUGAACCGCCGCCGCUGGAGCAAGAAACCUCGGCUGAUGCCCAAUUUGACCAACUGGGGGAUUUCGCUGACAUGGACGAUUUCGACUUAGACGAGUUUGAAGGUGAAGAGAUGCGGGAGAUGCGAUUCAUGCGGGAGCAAGCUCGCCUUGAAGCCGAAGAGGCCGGAAUCCCUGGUGACGAUUUGGAUGAUCUUUUGGAUAAUCAUUCCUUGGUAGAAAAUUGUCCAAUCUGUUCUGGCAGCUUACUCGGCAUAUCUGCGGACGAAGCUUCUCGGCAUGUCAACUCAUGUCUCGAUGGCAAUCCUAUUCCGCUGCCUACGAAGGAUAAUACCGUAACAAACGAAAUCCCUGAAGUAGAGGCUGUGGAGCUUGGCAAACGCUUUGCUCGAGCUGCCGUCCCCAGACCGGGUCAGGCGAACCCUCUUGAGAUGAAUACAGAGAACAAGCCAAAGAGCGCCUUUUCUAAAUUAAUGUCUGGCAAUGCGGAAGAUUCGGCCUGGGCUACAGCGGCAGCCGCAGAGACCGCGUCUCGAGGUCGGCCGGCAUACGAACGGACUUGUCCCUUUUACAAAAUCAUGCCUGGAUUCGCAAUUUGUGUCGAUGCAUUCCGUUACGGCGCUGUUGAAGGAUGCCAGGCCUACUUCUUGAGUCACUUCCACAGUGACCACUACGUCGGCCUAACAGCAAAUUGGCGACACGGUCCAAUCUACUGCAGUAAGGUCACCGGGAGCUUGGUCAAGCAACAGCUCCGGACUGCUGCCAAGUGGGUCGUUGAGCUAGAAUUUGAGAAAUCUUAUGAUAUUCCUGGAACUGAAGGUGCAACGGUUACCAUGAUGCCUGCCAAUCACUGUCCUGGGAGCUCAUUAUUUCUCUUCCAAAAAUCGUUUGGAAAUGGACCAAACAAACGAACAAAGCGGAUAUUACACUGUGGUGAUUUCCGGGCCUGUCCCGAACAUGUUCGGCAUCCGCUACUCAAGCCCGAUGUGAUAGAUUCAAUAUCGGGCAAAGCAAGGCAACAGCGAAUUGACAUUUGCUAUCUUGAUACGACAUACCUAAAUCCACGAUACUCUUUCCCUCCCCAAGGCGAUGUCAUUCAAGCGUGUGCUGACCUCUGCGCGUCAAUGUCUCCUGACCCAAAUUGUGCCGACGACGUUUGGCAAAGGUCAGAAAAAUCCGCUGGAACGGGCACCGUGAGCAAGUACUUCCAAAGUGAUAAGCCAUUGGACGAUGGUGCGCAGUCAAAGUCGAAAUCCAAGCGACAGCAGCGUCUUCUAGUAAUAUGCGGUACUUACUCUAUUGGAAAGGAGAGGAUUUGUGUGGCUAUAGCAAAAGCUCUUGGCUCCAAAAUCUUUGCAUCGGCGGCGAAGAUAAAGAUAUGCAAGCAGCUCGAUGACCCAGAACUAACUGCGCUGCUGACUUCUGAUCCCAUCGAAGCCCAAGUCCACAUGCAAAUGCUCAUGGAGAUCCGCGCAGAAACUUUGCAGGAAUAUCUAGAUAGUUAUAGGCCACAUUUCAGUCGCAUUAUUGGUUUUCGACCAAGCGGCUGGAAUUUUCGGCCAGGCAAUGGCAAGGUUAUUGGAGCCAAUACUCCGCCAAGCAGCAUAUCUAGCCAACAGCUUCUCCACGGUAAAGGUUGGAGGACAAGGUUCGGGGCAAAGGAUCUUGUGGCUCAGAGAGGUAGCACGAAGGAAGCCUUGUGUUUUGGUGUUCCGUACUCUGAACACAGCAGUUUUCGUGAGCUAGCCAUGUUCGUUAUGAGUCUGCGAAUUGAUAAAGUAAUUCCUACUGUCAAUGUAGGCAGCGAUCAAUCAAGAAAAAGAAUGAAAGGUUGGAUAGAUAGGUGGAUGGCAGAGAGGAGGAAAGGAGGGCUGGUGAGACCAUUAGUAGAGGGGGAAGAUGAUGAACAGAAAAGUAACCCUCAGCUCUGGGAAGGAAAAGCUGGCGAGGGAGGCGGGGCCUGGUGGUAG